AUGCAAAUUGUAAAUAGUGUGGGAAGCCCUACACGUUCCCCAUUACUAUUUGUGGAAGAAUAUGAUCACUGGAAUGUUAGAAUGGAAAGAUUUUCAAUAGCCAAAGAUAGAGGUGAAGAAAUCUGGAGAUCAGUCAAAGAAGGUCCUCAUGUUCCUGUUAGAAUAGUUGUGAGAGAUGCUGCUGCUCAGGUUAUGGCUCAAUACGAAACUCUUCUAACUGCAGAUGAUAUUGAGAAGUUGCAUGUUGAUCAAGUGACUUUCUCAGAAAUGGUGUUUGGUGUUCCUCCCUCACUCUUCGAGAACAUUAAGUUGUGCAAAUUAGCCAAAGAGAUUUGGGACACUCUUCAGGACCUGAUUGAUGCUUCAAAAAAUAAGAAAGAGAAGCACCUCACUUCAGUUGUCAACGACUUCGAUACCUUCACUACCACUCCUGGUGAAUCAGUGGCCUUAGCCUCCAACCCUUACCAAAUCGUGGUCAACAACAUGGCUGCUCAUGGUAUUGGUGAUUUGGGUCAGAAGAUGAAGAUGAUGUUGUUGAACCUCACUAUUGCUACAUGGCCACCAGUGAUCCACCUGGUCGAAGCAUCGUUCAAUAGGAGUAAUCAUACAAACAACUGUGUGGUUGAAGAAAUCAUUUCGGUGACAAUUGAAACUGAUACCUCUGAGUUUGUAUGGGCAUCCUUACAUGAUAAAGUUGAAAAAUCAAGUUGUGUCUCCUCUGAUUCUUGCGAAUCUGUUUCCUUAGUAGUCUCAAAAACGAAAUUGGUUCCCAUUACUCUCGAGUUUAGUAAUCCAUCCGUAGGACAAACUUCAAAAUCCGUGUCUCAGCCUAAGAGAAAACCAAUGUUGAAUAGAAAGGAUAUUGUAGAUCCCAAAGUAGAAGCUGGAAGUGCACAUAAGAAGGAAGUUAAGACUACACAAAAUUCCAAAUUCACUGAAAACUCCAAACCGAGUGUAUCCCGAAAUUCUCAUGCAUCAACCCAUAGUCAACACUCCUUUGCUCCCAGUAAGAUACUAAAAAGACCUUCUGAAUCUCUCAGUCGUGGAGAACACAAGAAUUUAGUCAGUUCUACUCAGCCUAAAUCUCGUCUGAAUGCCAUGACAGUCCAAAACACUUCUCCGCGGACUGUUUCAUCUGUUUUUAUUGCUAAAUCUUAUAGCACAAUUCUUAAACCCAAUAUUUCAAAAAGCAAUGUAUCAUCAAAAAAAUACACAAAUGUAAAGAAAACGAAUUUUUUAAAAUCUUCAAAGAAAAAUCUUGUGUGGAAAGUCAAAUCUCUUAUUGAUGAAACAACAAUUCUAGAGGAUACAACUGAUUCCAACACUCCAGAAGUCAAAGGUCCGAAGAAGACUGUUCGGAACCCCCAAGUCAUUGAAUAUGACUACUGGAUAGAUGAAAAGACAUUAGCUUUCUGUCUAUUUCCAAAGAGUUCGAAAAAUACCACCUAG